UUUUACCUUACCCAUCAUCAUAGAUUCAUAGAACAAAGUGAUUCUCUUCUCUUCGUCUUCAUCGGGAGAAGAAGGGAUUCGUUUUUGCCUGCACCUACGGAUUUAGAUUUGUCCACUUCAAUGUCUUAUGCUUAUAUCUUUAAGUAUAUCAUCAUUGGGGAUACUGGUGUAGGGAAAUCAUGCCUUCUUCUUAAGUUCACUAACAAGGAAUUUCAAGCGGUGCAUGAUCUCACCAUUGGUGUUGAAUUUGGGGCUAAGAUGAUCACUAUCGACAACAAACCCAUCAAACUCCAGAUCUGGGAUACGGCUGGUCAAGAAACCUUUAGGUCUGUUACAAGGUUAUACUAUAGAGGGCGUGUCGGAACAUUGCUUGUCUAUGAUAUCACAAGGAGGGAGACAUUUAACCAUCUAGCCAGCUGGCUAGAAGAGGCAAGACAGCAUGCAAGUGAAAAUAUGACGACAAUACUCAUUGGGAAUAAGUGUGAUCUUGAAGGAGAAAGGGUAGUGAGUACAGAGGAAGGAGAACAGUUUGCAAGGGAGCACGGUCUUAUAUUCAUGGAGGCCUCUGCCAAGACUGCUCAGAAUGUUGAGAAGGCAUUCAUUGAAACAGCCACAACAAUAUACAAAAGGAUUCAAGAUGGGAUGAUUAAUGAGGCAAAUGAGCCUGGAGUACGUCCAGGGUCAUUUGGAAAUGAUGCAUCCUCCAAGCAAAGAGGAGGGUGCUGCGGCUGAGAUGGAAUAUAGCAAAAAUGUGUUAGCUUCUUUAUAUUGAUGUAAUUCGUAU